UUUGAAUUUGGAUUAAACCCUAAAAAUGGCGAAAUGGAGACUUGCGACUGCGACUCUCCGUCGACAUCUGCAAUCCCAAUCGCCUUCGAUCUCUUCAUUAAAGGAUACGACCAAAUCCUUUUCUGCGGCGGCGGCUCAGCAGUGUCGCAGCUACAGUCCAGCUCAGACCGAUAAUGCGAGAGGGAAAUGGCUAACUUUACCUCCUUUUUCUCCCACCGUCGAUGGCACCGCCGUUGGAAAGGAGCUCGCUUCCGAAGGAGACUCGAUCACCGGUUCAACGGAUAGCUCAACAACGACGGCGCUGAGGUGGAUACUUCGUUGUCGUCCCGAUUUACCCAGGACUCUCGUUCAGAAACUCUUCCGUUUAAGACAGGUUAGGAGAGAAAUGUCUGUGAGUUGUGAUGGUGAUGAAGUACAAAGAAGCCAGCUUAAAAGGGUGGCAGCUAAGGAAUCUUUGAAUGUAGGAGAUAGAAUUUACCUUCCUCUCUCGGUGGACAAUGAUGCGCCCCCGCCACCUGCUAAGAAAGAAAGCUUCCGUUGUAGUGAAGAAGAACGCAAAUUUGUUUGCAGUUUGGUGUUGUACAAGGAUCCAUCCAUUAUUGUUUUGAAUAAACCGCAUGGUAUGGCUGUUCAAGGUGGGACUGGGAUCAAAACCAGUAUCGAUGAGCUUGCUGCCACUUGCUUGACGUUUGAUAAAUCAGAAUCUCCCCGGCUGGUGCACAGACUUGACAGAGACUGUAGUGGACUUUUGGUGCUGGCAAGAACACAGACGGCUGCAACAGUUCUUCAUUCCAUAUUCCGCGAGAAAACAUCUGGUGCAUCCGCAUAUGGUGUCAAAAAGAAUAUAAAAUCCUUAAAAAGAAAAUAUAUGGCACUUGUGAUCGGGUGUCCAAGACGUCAAAGGGGACAGAUUUCAGCGCCACUCAGAAAGGUGGUUGUGGAUGAUGGAAAAUCUGAUCGUAUCACAGUUAAUGACAAUGGGGAACUCGUUUCUACUCAGCAUGCAAUCACCGAAUACCGAGUGAUUGAAUCUUCACCACAUGGAUACACUUGGCUAGAGCUUCGGCCUUUAACUGGGAGAAAACAUCAGCUUCGUGUACACUGCGCAGAAGUUCUAGGAACACCGAUAGUUGGGGACUAUAAAUAUGGAUGGCAAGCUCAUAAAUCGCGGGAACCUUUAGUCACUUCCGAAAACACCCCGACAAAGCCACAAUCAUCUCCGUUUGGCUUGGAUCUGGAUGGUGGAGAUGUGUCUUCAAAACAGCCGCACCUUCAUCUCCAUUCAAAGCAAAUCGACCUGCCAAACAUAUCUCAGCUCUUGGAGAAAAUGCAGGUUUCUUCAGAUUCUGAUAUAUCGGAUAUCGAUAGCCUAAAAUUCGAUGCUCCAUUGCCUACACAUAUGCAGCUAAGCUUUAAUUUGUUGAAAUCUAAAGUCGAAACAUGUGACAAAAACUAGAUUUUAAAUGAGAUAUUUAUUUUUCUACACACGAAGCUAGUUUUCUUCUUUGUGUUCGUGAGGCCCCAAGUAGUCACUGUGUGUUCCAUUGAAUAUUUCAUUAUUCUCAUACAAAGAUAAAUAAUUACAUUUUGAA